CAAGUUUCCGACGUGGGAAUCCCUAAAUCUUGACACGUUGCAAGCCGCUGUUGAUCAGGCUCGCGCUGAGAGUGACCAGUUAAACCAGGAAGCUGAAGAGUCGUCCAAAGUACGAGACAUCGUUCUUCAAGAGACGCUCGAGAAAGCAUAUGCCGCUCUCUCCUCAGCGAAGGAGCUGUCCCUCUCCAGACGCACAAUUGGGGACGAGCUAGCCGCUUUGAACAAUGAAAUAUACCCACCACCAGGUGAGGAAAGAGAGGCAACGCUACUGGAGCUGGAUCGAUUGCAUGCCCAAUUGGAAGAGUUGAGCAAAGCACGGGGGUAUGCUGGAGUGGUCUUGACAAUGGUUGAGCUUGGCGAGGUUGCGCAGACCGACAUACCAGCCGUGAUAUCUCCGGCGUCUCUGACUGCAUACAAAGCACUGCAGUCUUUUGUCGCAUCCCUUGUGCAAUCUUUGCCAACUGGUCCGAUUCAUUCUUCGCCAUCACUGUCCUUCGUUGCUCGGGCGAUUCAAAGGCGCACCUGGAACAGCAUACGCAACGCGCUGUCAUCCAAGCUCAUUGAUGCGUCUGAGAAGCUACGUUGGCCCCUUGCAGUAGACCUCAGCACGCUCAGUCGGCCGGAUCUAGACGCCUUCUCGAAAGCAUUCUUAGACCUUAUGCAGCUGCAGAAAGCUGGGGUAUCGAUCCACGCCUCUGAAUCGCAAUAUCCCGGGGAGGAGCCUCGAGAUGUCGGCUUGUAUCCGUUGCAAGCGCUGGUCCGACCAAUCGCACAGCGUUUUAAAUUCCAUUUUGAAGGAUCAAGACCAACCAACCGAUUAGACAAGCCUGAAUGGUACUUCCAGCAUAUGUUAGGGGUGAUACGUGAUACUUUACCUGCUGUCCAUCGCAUCUUUCAGCCGUUAAUAGACAAUGGUGGGUACAAGCAGAUCAUUGCCCGAAACGAAUUUAUUCGCCUUCUGCUCCCGAUUCUUUCUCGGCACUUGUUAUUAUCGGUGUCCCAGAUUUUGCAUGACCCGUCCCUUCUUGCCCAUACAAUCUAUCAGACUCUGGAGUUCGAUGGAACGUUCAAGGAUGAGGGUUUCUCUUUAGAUGGAACUUGGGAGUCCAAUCCAACCCAGCAGAAGGAAUGGGAUGGUCUCACAGAAGAGAUCCUCGGUGACGGUGAAGUGUUCAAGGCGUGGCUUGAAGGCGAACACAAAUUCACACAGACACGCUAUGAUGAGCUGAUCGCUGCUUCCGACGCUUGGGUCAUAGUAGAUGAUCAAGGCACCAGGAUUGAUGAAGACGCCCUUCGUAGUACUAACUCCGCUCGUCGUUUAUGCGCCUUGGUCGAACAAGUGACUGACCGAUAUGCACCGCUCCCGUCUUUUUCCCAACGAACAUCAUUCCUGACGUCUGUUCAAUUGCCGUUGUUGGAGGCCUAUCAUUCUCGAGUCUCCGCUUCCCUCGAUGCGUUUGAAGCAUUAUCAACAACAUUUGCCAGAGUUGUUCCUGGUGCUCUUGCCGGUCAGUUGGGGGCCCCAAAAGACCCUACCUUCGGGGUAGAGGGCAGUGACAGGCUGAUCAAGGCUUGGGCAAGUUCUGAGGGUGUCAUCACAGGCAUGGAGAGAUGGGGUGAAGAUGUGUUUUUCUUGGAGCUCUGGAACGAAAUCAAUAGUCGGGCCUCUCUACGCAGCCGAGCUGCUGCGACAGCUUCUUUGCCCGAUCCCAAGUCGGGAGAAGACAGUGUUGCCGAAGGGACCUUAUUCGAUGAGAUCAUCGCGCAGUACCGCAAGUUAAGCCAGCGGGCUGAAACGAUGAUUGUCAAACAGACAACGGGAGAAGUUGAGGCGCAACUGAGGGAAUACUUCGUUGCCCGCUGGAACGCGCCAGUGUCUGACUCUCUCGGUCUGCCACCAAGCCUAGUACCGGGGCUAACAUCUCUGACGUCGCACCUCACCCUCCUGUCACGCCCUCUGCCAACCUCAUUCCUCACAACGUUGUACCGCCAAAUCACCAGCAGACUCUGCUCGCAUAUCCUCUCCCGUGCCGUUUUACAUACUGGGCGGGGCCGAUACACUCCAGAAUCGGGGGUGAUGUUCACGCGCGAAUCUCUAGCCUGGGUAGAGGUGUGUCAGGGCGCUGUAGGCAGCAGAGUCCCACGAGUGGGAAGGACUUGGGAGCGCCUGGUAGACGCCGGCGUGAUCUUAGGCCUCGAUGCUGCUGAGUUUGGCGCGGCGAUGCGCCUCGUGUGGGGUGGAUCGGAUAAGGAGUUCAGUGAGUGGAAGGUGAAGUUGGGAGUGAAUGCCAUGAGUCGGGAAGAAGUGAUGGAGGUGAUGCGUGCUAGAUCAGACUGCGGACGCUAGUAGACACGAGCACGACCUUGGUAUACCC